GCUUAUGCUGCGGUCAGGUGUUUGUGUUAUCGGUGGAAGCCGGAUCUUGUAGUCUAUUUUUUCUUUCUUUCUUUAAAUUCAACCUUUUAAAGUGGCAUGGUAGUUUGGAGCGUUUUUAUGACUAAUGGCGAAAGAAGAGGACUCAGUUUUCAAAAGACAAACUUUUCAUUACCUGAAACCUGAAGUUGGUAGCAGUAGUUAGCCCACCUGGAUCUGAUCCCGGGCUUAAACUCCCGGCAUAUGACUCGGUUAUGCAAAUAUAAAUGUUGUAGGAUAUAAUGCUUCAAUGAGAACAGAAGCUGCUUUGUCUAAAUUUUUAUGGACUCGCUGCGCUUUGUGUUUUUCUGAGUAAGACUUGUUGUGGAUCCUCUGAGCUCAAGCGUUGAUCAUGGUUGGUGGAGGGUCCGCUGAUCUGUCCCUUACAGCCGCUGCCAAGGUGUUUUCAGCUGGAGCAGCUGGCUGUGUGGCCGACCUGGUCACUUUCCCCCUGGACACAGCCAAAGUCAGACUGCAGAUUCAAGGUGAAUCUAAACCAUUGCUGGAAGGCCAAAGCACAAGAUACAGAGGUGUGUUUGGCACCCUCUUUACCAUGGUGAAAACUGAGGGCCCGAGGAGUCUAUACAGUGGACUGGUGGCGGGGCUGCAGAGACAGAUGAGCUUCGCCUCAGUCCGCAUCGGCCUUUACGACACUACGAAGCAGGUCUACAGCAGGGGAUCAGAAAAUGUAGGAAUCGGGACUCGGCUGCUGGCAGGCUGCACCACAGGGGCGAUGGCGGUGGCCUUCGCUCAGCCCACUGAUGUGGUCAAAGUCAGGUUCCAAGCUCAGGUCCGCCUUCCUGAGAAUGGCUCUGUGAAGAGAUACAGCAGCACCAUUGAUGCCUACAAGACCAUUGCCAGGGAUGAAGGCGUUAAAGGGCUCUGGAAAGGUUGUCUGCCAAAUAUAACUCGUAACGCCAUCGUAAACUGCUCCGAGCUGGUGACCUAUGACAUCAUUAAAGAGCUCAUUCUGAAGUACAACCUGAUGACAGACAACAUGCCGUGUCACUUCACAUCAGCCUUCGCAGCAGGUUUCUGCACCACAAUCGUAGCAUCUCCAGUUGAUGUGGUAAAAACACGCUUCAUGAACUCAGUGCCCGGGCAGUACAGCGGGGCUAUUAACUGUGCCUUAACCAUGCUCAUUAAAGAGGGACCCACAGCUUUCUAUAAGGGAUUUAUGCCCUCGUUUCUUCGUCUGGGUUCCUGGAACAUUGUGAUGUUUGUGAGCUAUGAGCAGAUUAAGAGAGCUGUGAAAAGGUUUCAGCAGCCUAGCGGUUCAGCAGAGUCUACGUUCUAGCCCGUCUGACAGCUGGUUUGGCAGUGAAGUAGUGCAACUGUUGUGGCAAAGCCAGGACUGCCUGUAUGAAGCAAGACAUCAUCAAGAGAGACAGUCUGGUCCAGACCUGUCCUCCCUCAGGGAUAAAACUGUGCAGCUUAUUAAAGAGGCUGUACUCGGAAGAGAAACAGCAAGGAUGAGUCAUGUUGAAGUUUCGCUGACUUGCGCACAAUCUUGUACAUGUUUUCUAAUGUUGUUAACAGGCCUUUUCACAGAAUACUUUUUUAUAUGUCACCAUAGGAAAAGCACAGGAGUAAAUAAUAAAAUUAAUGAUGGUUGAAUUUAAUUUAGCUACUUCAGUUUCAGGGUCCUGAUAUUGCUCAUGCUGGCUUACACUGCACUGAUUCAGCUUGAUAUAAGCCCUAAAACGGUUGCCCCAGCCCGAUUUUAGAGUCAGGCUGAACUCACUGGAGAACAAACAGACAUUUGCAUCCUGCAGCUGCUGGAGGAUGCAUUGUUGUUGUAUUUUUUUUUUUUUCAUCUCCAGUGUUUUUCCUACUGUGACGAGUCAAAACGCCUGCUGUAAAAAAGGCCUGUUUACUGAGUAUAAUCUGGUGUGGAUGGGGAUGCAGGGCUUCCUCCUGUCAGUCAUUGUCUCGGUUGGGAUUUUGUAUCUACUAAUGUGUGGUUUCAGGUGAAAUUCAUUCUUUCAUAUUUCUAUUUAUGAAUUAGGUUUGCAGCAAAUGGUUCUUUUCAUGAGAUUUAUCUGCAAAAUAUUUUUACAGUUAAUCACUUAGUCUUUUGGCAUUAUUUGAUUGUGAACAAUGCGUAUCAUGUCAUCAUAAUGUCAAGCGACUAACUGACAGUGUUUCAUCUCUAUUAUGAAUGAGCCAAGGCUAUGCAGUCUGCCAAAGUAAAUUUUAGUUUGUUUUUUUUAUGAAAAUAAUAAUUUUAACUCCAAAGUUUCUAUGAAUAAUGAAUAAUACAUGAUAUAUAUGUA